AUGUAUGAUAAGUUAAGCUUCAAAACCAUAUAUCCUAAUGAUCAUGUUAAACUGUCAAACAAAAGACGUAAACCUUGGUGGAACCAAGAGUUAACUGAUACUUGGAAAAACUUGCAUGCAGCAGAGCAUAGGUGGUUAAGGUGUAAUAAUAGAGCUACAAAGAUAUCUCUUAAACAGGAAUACACUGAACUACAUGAAUACCUGCACCAUGGAAUUAUUGUAGAUCUAAUUUGUAAACUGUCGUGGAACCUGUGUUCGGUUCGCACAUUUCCUGUUCAACAGGAAUGCAUGAUGGAGACCAACAGUACAGAAAGCUACCUUGAUACCUUGUGUAUUAAAACUCCUUCAGUAAAUUUAAUCAGAUUCAAAUGGAUCAUGGAUACAUGCACAAUAACAUAUGCAGCAGUAAGGACUGGUUGGUAUGCUGUUCCCAUACAAGUGGAAGAUUAUGCGGAUGCUGAUUUAACUACACCUUUAAGCAGUAUCCCUGUACAGUUUUUGUUCAACGUAUACGAAGGUGGGAAGUCUUGUGAGAAGACAACAGCUUUCGUGGACCCGACACCUCCCGAAAAUGCUUGUAUUGGUGUUCCAUUUAACCAGGUUUUACAUACCGCCAUUGUUGCCCGGGUGGCAGAUCCAGAUAGAAGAAUAUCGGAAAUAAAAACAAUAUCUCCUCUUGGAAUGACAAAGAGUCACUUGUACAAUGUAUCGGCAACAGACUGGAGGAUGAAUGUUACUUGGUCACCAGAAAACAGGGAUGUUAGUAACAUAUUCUGUUUCUCUGCCGUAGAAAGUUUAAUGGGAACUGAGAGUAACCAAAGGUGUGUAACCUUACUGGCAGGAGUUGCAUCACCAGCGCUACAGAAAGAUUCACAAGUUCCCGCAAACAAAGUUUAUCCAAGCCGAAGACAAUGGAGUAUAUCCGCUGAUAUAAAUAUUAUGCGAGCAACACGUCCAACCUACAUCAGGUUAUAUAAUAGGUCAGGCCAUCAGCAGGAACAAAUCGACGCUUCAGAUAGUUACAGUGUAACGAUUGACAGCAAUAAAAACCAGAUAUCUUUCACAUCGUCAACAACAUUGAUAGAGAAAGAAACCUAUUAUUUUCUUUUUGAUUUUGGUAUAGUUAGAGGUACCACAUACUGUAAAGCAGAGUCUAUGGCAAUAAAUGACAUUUCCUUCUGGAAGUUUCGGAUACGUGAUAUUACUCCUCCCACUAUAACCUUAGUUGAAGAAGCUACGAAAACAAAUGCGACUGCAGAAAUUAAAUGGACAGUAAAUGAACCAGCCACAGCUGUAUGUACACUAACAAAUCCAUCUGGGAAAAGUGAGACGACUUCGUGUAAGAACACCUGGUCUAAAAGUGAUCUGCAAGAAGGACGAUAUACUCUGAAUAUUGUCGCCACCGAUCUCGAGGGGAACUCGGCACGUGAAAGUCAUACAUGGGUUGUUGAUACAACACCACCUGUUGUAACAAUGUUGGAGAAGCCAAAAGCUUAUAGCAAUCAACAGUCGGUAAUCUUUAGGUGGCAAUGUCCGUUUCCUUGUACCACCUUCUGUUCUGUGUCAGCACUGUCUCGGACGUACUCUGUUUCAUGUUCCAAUUUACAGUUAUUAUGGAGCUUGCCAGCAACGAAUUCAAAUAUAAAAUAUACCCUCGAUAUCAAAGCGUCUGACGAUGUGGGAAAUGUAAAUGAAACGUCGUAUACAUGGACCACAGAUUUCGAAAGUCAACAAUUUACAUUUUGUGCGAAAAAAGGGCCCAGUCAUAAAUCGAUAGUGGGAGGGCGAUUUCAAACCAGAACAAUUUGUAAUGUCUCAGUAAGUGACAAUAUAGAUAUUUCUCCAAACAUAAGCUACAGAGACACAAGUAUGGCGUCUUGUGGUUUUGACAGGAAGUGGACAGCAGUUGACAAAGCUGGAAAUGUAGCAACAGAAGACCAGCAGAUACACAUCAACUCAAAACGUAAUAUUGAAAUUUUACGUUAUCCAGGACCACUGUUGGUAGCCUGUGGUGCUCUCGAUAACAUGACAGAUGUCUUAAUAUCAAUGUUUGAAAUACAUCAUCCGUGUGACAUGAAAGUGAAAUUUUUCCUAUGCUGA